AUGGCGAAAACAGAACGCAAGACGCCGAUCGAGGGCGCUUCGAUUCCAUUAGGCAGUUCCCCAAGUGACGAUGGUGCUUCGUCUUCAAGGCAUACAAACCAUGCGGUGUUAAUUACCUGGAGUUCUUUUGUGGUCACGAUCCCCAUCCUCGCAUUAACGGUGGCAUUCCUGGUGCUAGUAUUCAAGUAUCGUGUGAGCCAUGGAGAUGCUCCGUUCGAGAGCCUCCGCACCUCGGAUGCGAAGGAUGAAGGCAGCGCGCUUUUUGUCAAUAUGAAUUCCAGUAUCCUCCUGUUUUUAGCUUCCUGGGCGAGCUCUGUGGCGACGAUGCUGUCUGGGUUCAUGUUAACCCUCGCCUCGUUUCUCAUAGCACGCCGAUUCUUCCAGGAUAUCCAGAGUUCUCGUGUGACUCGCCUGCCAACCCCAUAUCAGUUGGCACUGACCUUGAAGUUUCUGGAUGGAAGCACUCUUGGUGCGAUCUGGAGUUGGAUCGUCUAUCUCGUUUCAUGGAGAAAGAAGCGUGCACCGCUGACACCUCCCUUGACCGCUGCUUCAUCGAUUGCAUUACUCGCAACUCUGCUUGGGCUGCUCGUUGCCCUAGGAGACACCUGGCUGCAUCUUACCACCACCACCGUGGAAUUCACUCAAGUUGUGCCGGUCACGAACCAGACAAACUAUGGUUUUGGACUUAUACCCGAAUGUUUGACGAGCAACAACUCGGUGGCAGCGCAGAGCGGAGAGCAGAUCUUAUGUAGUGUUUCACUAGCGGUUACCGGCAGCUUCCUGAGAAACGGAACGACCUCACUCGGGGUGCUGAACGACAUGUCCGACCAGGCGACCGUCUCGACAUAUACCGACCCCCAGGCGAACAAGUACACCUUCCUGCAAGCACCGGAAGGGGCAUCACUGUCCAACCGAGACUAUACCGCGAAGACCUACGGAGCGCGAACACAAUGUGAACUGAUAUCGACCAAGUGUAAAUUGCAAAACAACGCUUCAAUCGUCACUUACAACUGCUCCAGUGAUUUCGCUGGAAGUUUCACUCAGAGUGGCUUGAAAACGGCAUUCUUCACCAAUGAUAGCAUGGCCGAAGACAUGAGCCAGAGGCGUGGGCAACCCAUACUACUUUGCGGCGGCCGACAUCAUGAGUCUAGCCGGCGGGGAUGCGCCGAACUCAACCGAGUUUGUCAAGAGUCUUCACGGUCCAUAUGCGUUCAUUUUGGGUUGUAA